AUGUGGGGAGGCACUGACACGAAUAAUAAUACGAGUAAUAACAAUACGAGUACUAGUAAUAACACCAACUCGCAAUGGAAUCAAUUCGGUGGAUUCAAUCAAAACAAUCAACAACAGAACGCGAACGCUCCUUCUCCGUUUGGGAUCGCAACGACCCCCGCGAAUAACAACACGAACAACGCGACGACGUCGACGACGACGGCGGCGGGAGGUGGAGGUUUCAACAGCAGUCCUUUUGGUGGUUUCAAUCAACAACCUCAACAACAGCAGCAGCAGCAGCAGCCAGGAAUAGGAAUAGGAAUAGGCGGAGGAUUUAAUGCACCUUCUUUGUCGUCUCCGUUUGGGGCUUCUGCGAGUGUGAAUGCGAACAACAGUCCUUUUGGUGGUAGCGGCGGUGGAGGUACCGCGACUGGUUUUGGAAGCGCGAGUUCCGGUUUCGGUAUUCCCGUCGCGACGAUGACGACGACGACUGCGGGAGCGGUGCCAGCGUCUCCGUUUGGAGGAGGGUUUGGAACGACGGGUGGAGGAGGAGCCGGCGGAUUUGGAUCGUUGAAUAUGCAGAAUGCGAAUAACAACACCAAUAGUCCGUUUGGAAAUACUACCACUACUGCCGCUGCUAGUACUACGCCUUUUGGUGGUGGAAGCGGCGGUCUUGGAUCCACAUUUGGGGGAGGAAGCGGACCUGCUACGACUACUGCGAACAAUAACUCGCCGUUCGCCGCAAAUCCAUCGCCGUUUAGCUCGAUACCGUCAUCUGUUCCUGCUAAUACAAGCAGCAAUCCGUUCGGAAGUGGAGGUGCGAAUGCGAAUACGAGUGGACUCUUUGGCGCGCCGGCGUCGAAACUGGCUCAGCAAAAUUUGAACGUGAACGCGUCUCCAUUUGCUCCCGCGACGGCAAUGCCGUCUCCGUUCGCUCCGUCUUUGUCGUCACCAUUCGGUGGUGGAAACGCAGCCGCUACGAAACUAGGAGGAGAGAAGAAGGAAGCGCAAACACAGAACCAAUCCACUUUCGGAGGAGGAUUAAUGGGUGGCGGAAGCUUUAACGACGUGAAAACGACGGCGUCGGGAUUGAAAAUUCCAACGCCCCGGACACAGAUUGGUGGUGAUGGUGGUGGUCUUGCUGCUACUGGAAUAGCACCGGCUGCUACUGCAACGCCUUCAUUUUCCCCUUUCCUUAGCGGCGGAGGCACAAAAGCAUCCGCACCUCCCUUACCGAAGACUGCACCUUUCGGUGGCGGCAUGCAAGGAUCGUCUCUUUUUGGGAAAACGCCACCUCCAAAGCAACAGAUGAAGAUGACGGCUUCCGCGAUUGACGAUUUCGGGGAUGACUUACACAAAGCGACGUCUGAAAGGCACAUCACGGGCACGUGUAACGAAAUGUGUCCAACAUCCGAGCUUCAACGACGGAGCGAAGAAGGCGACUUGGAACUUUUCGAGCGCGUGGAUGGAUCGAAUAGAAAUAAAACGUCCGUCGGUUUGUGUUGCAAAAAGUACACGCGCAUUGUAGACGGCGUACAACCAGACAUGGUGAGAACUAAAUUUGGUUUGGCGAAAACAAUGACGCAUCUGUGGCGUAUUCUCGAUGAAAGACCCGAAGCGUUUGUCGUAAAAUCAAAGUUUCUUUGGGAUCGUUUGCGCUCUGUUCGACAAGAUUUAAGUUUGCAGCAAAUGUACGACGCGUUCGCCGCGAGCGCUUUGCAACAGAUGGUCCGCUACGCGAUAAUUUCUGAGCACGAAUUAUGCGAGGACGCAGCGACGGCAAUAUCUCCUGACGGUCACAAUUCGCAUUUGAACGUCGAGCAACUCACGAAGACGUUGACGACGUUGCGUCACAUAUACGAUGACCAUCGCGCAAAGCAGCAAGCGUUACCGCUCGAUCACGAGGCUGAAAUGUUUGCGUUGCAACUGUUGUUGCGCAUUGACUCUCACGGAAGAUAUUCCGUGUCCACGCAUGAAAUGCUCGGCGAUUUAAGAUCGGCCAGAAAUGCGAUAUUAAAUCACGCAUUGGUCAAUUUUGCUUUAGAAUGCAGAAGCGCGUACAUCGACGUGAACUGCGCGAAAUUUUUCAAGUUGGUCGAGAAAGCAAAUUACGUACAAAAGUGCGUUCUGCACAAGUAUUUCGUCAAAAUGCGUUCUAAAACGCUCGAAAGGUUCAACCAGAGCAUGGCAAAAGGUCCGUUCCCAAUCAAAGAGCUCGCGCGGAUUUUCCGUGCGAGCGAAACGGAAACGGAGGCCUUGUGUUUGCAUCACGGUCUGAGCGUUGUUCUGCAUCGAGAGGACGGGAAGUGUGUCGAGUUUCGCACAACGACGUUUUCGCAUCCAAGCGAAGAUUUCGAGACGAAAAAGUCGCCCCUCGUGAGAACGAAUAUCAAUCACAAAUAUCGACAGUUUAUCGUUAGACACGAUGAAAUUGCUUCGGAAGGUAAGGUUACGGAGCAACUGCCGGUUGGGCAACAGCAGCAGUUACAGCAGCAGCAGCAGCAGCAGCAGUUACAGCAGCAGCAGCAGCAACAACAAUUUCCCGAGCUUACAAAGAAACAAAAAGAAGCGCAAGAACUGCGAGAGAAGAUCCAAAGAGUCGAAGCGGAACAAAAACGCGCGAAAGCUGCAAUUGAAGCGAAGAAGGCAGAGGAAGCCCGCCUGGCGCUCGAGGCAACGAAGCGCGAAGAAGAAGCUCGCGCAAAGGCUGAAGCAGAACGCAAAGAGAAAGAACGCAUAGAAAAAGAACGCAAAGAAAAAGAAGCACAAUUGAGACGAAAACAAGAAGAAGAGCGCAUUCAUCUCGAAAAGGAGCGAGCUGAGAAAGAGCGCGCCGAGAAGGAAGCAGCGGCGAAGAAACGCGAGGAAGAGAUUCGGGAGCGCAAAGAAAAGCUUGAACGCGAGUAUCGAGAAAAGCUGGAGCGCGAGCGUCAAGAGAAGGAACGAAUACGUCUGGAAGCUGAAAGAGCUGAACAGUUACGUUUAGAAGAAGAACGGAAGAGGCGCGAAGAGGCAAGACGUCAAGCUGAACUGGCGCGAAGGAAAGCCGAGGAAGAACGCAAAGAGAGAGAACGAUUGGAAGCGAUUCGAUUGCGCCGAUUUCGGAAGAAUCGAAAAGCGAUUUUACAACUGUUCUUGUGGCGUUGGCGAACAAGAAAAGACGAGAGAAUCGCGACGAGGAGGAAAGAGAAAGCCUUGUCCAUGAUGUCAUCGUCACCUUCGACGUUUGCCUCUCCAACCUUUUACACUCAACAGAAGCAGCAAGCUCCGGCGAACGACGAUCUGCGUAACUUGCUCAAGAAAAGAAACGUUGAGUCGUCGAUACCGACGGAAACAAGAAGCAAGAGAGAAGAAAAAGAUGGAGCGUACUUUCGCGCGCUCGCAAUACAAACGACGACGCUCGUUGACGUCUCUUCCUCGUUCGCGAGACCGCUCGAUGUGCCGAAAAUUUUAGAAUCCACUCGCGCGUUUGCCGCACCCGGAAAAGGAGAAGCGAGACAGACGCGCAUUUGGAAAUUAGUUCUGUGUAGUGGUGCGGAAUACGAACCUCCUUCUGUACACAGAGGUACGAGAUCACCAAAUGCUGUUGCCGUCGCGGCUUGGUUGCGCGCAAAAUUAUCCAAAAGCGCGGCGGCAACGAACAAAAGUAGCGAAGAAGAAGGCACAGUUCUAGCGUCGUACGCGUCAAAGCUUUCAAUGCGAGAGCCGUUUCACUGGAUAAUUAUCAGAGACAUUCCGGGUAAAUCAUGGACGCCACGUUCGCAACAAGACGAAGAAAUGGAAGAGCAAAAGUACGAGGAACAAGUCGCCGGUCUCUCCGCCGGCUGCUUUGUUCUCGAUUGCUCGUCUUUAUACGAAAAUCCGCGAACGAAAAUGAAGGAAAUUUCGAGAAACGAAGUGCAUCGAUUGAAACGUUUCGCCGCCGUGACAAAGCGUGGAAAUGCACCACUUUUAGUCAUCGCUGCGUCAAGUAAAGAUCACAGCACAAGUUCAUCUAAGAAAUUGAUCGAAAAAGCGUUCAGAGAGGCGGGAGUUCCAUCGUCAGCGUUGAUUAUGCGCGUGGACGAUGCGUUGGCGCGCUUUUCCUCGGCGGCGGCGUCCGGAGGAGAGGAAUCUACGAUGGAGAAGAAAGACGCCGCGUUCAUUGAAAAAAUCAAUCGCGAACUCGAGAACCAAAUCAAAAGAUGCGGAAAGGCGUUCACCGGUAUUCCAAAUCGCGUGGAAACUUCGCUCGCGGAAGUGCUCGAACACGAAUUUGCCCCCGUCGCGACCGAUUUCGAACGAAAAGUAUUGGCAGAUUCUUCAAACGCACGAGACGCUGGGGAGAAUCCUCCCUCCUUGACGGACUUCAAAAUCGUCGUCGAUUGUUUCAACGAAGCCAUCGAUAACGUGAAGAGAAAAAUUCGAGAGGCGUGCGAGGAAGAUAACGAUUUCUGGCCGUACGUCGAGUUAUCGGGCGCGUACGCGAACGAAGAGAAGAGAAUAUUCUUUGAGAAUGUCCCUGAUCCGCUUUGGCGUAAAGAUGUGCCGUAUUUGAUCGACCAACUCGAAAGGGCAAAACUUCCGCGACCGCCGGUGGAUUCGUCGGAAAACAACAAAAACUUUUUUGAAACCUUAUCUCGAUACGUUUCAGUGUUGGAAGACUCGGAAUUCAUCGGCGCCGCGAGACGACAUCUCCAACGCGCUGGAUUUGAUUGCGUGCGAACGGCGCUUUCGCUGUGUGAAUCGCGAGCGCUCACUUUGCACGCGAGCACGUCUGAUGUGAAAGCGUACGUCCGAGACGACGCGUAUACGCACUCGUUGCUUUCCUUGAGUAGUAAGAAACGUACGAACGAAAUUGGAAGGAGUACUAUGAAGAAACGUAGGCAAAGUCCUCUCUCGUAUUUAUCUCCAACGCGGUCGGCUGGAUAUCCAUCAAUCUCUUUGCACUUCCCCACAACUGCUGGCGAAAUCGAAGAAGAAGAAAGAUUUCCUCACAUAAUCAAUAACCAUCAUCACGACGACGACGACGACGACGACGACGACAAUACUCUCAUCGACGAGCGCGACGAAGAUAAUCGAGAAACCGCCGAAGAAAACGCGCUUCGGAAUCUGGUUCGCGCCGAAGUCGCCGCCGCGGACGCCUUCGAGCGAUCCUUCGCGAUGCCAAAGAAAAAGCCGCGAUUACACGCAGACGCCGUCCAAGACUUUACAGAAAAGCUAAGCGAAGAGUUGCACGCAGAGGCAAAGCUCAGAGCGCUCUUUUCGUGA